GACGCUCAGAUCCUCGAAGCUCUCAAAAGCAAGGAUAGAAUAUACGUUCUUAAGCUGGGAGAACAGAUGGAGAGUCUGAUAAAUGACCGUCGGUCUCGUCUUGAAUUGGUGCCUGCGACAUCCUACCAGCGUCUUCUUGUGCACAGAUGCUCUGCAUACCACAGGUUGCAACCAGACACCGAUCAGCUCACGAAAAAUAUCACUAUUACAGCAACCAUAGAGAGUCGAAUUCCUUCUCGUCGGAUAUGUGAACUGGUUCCUGCGGAAUCAUAUCCUCAGCCCACUUUCAAAAUCAUGCGUCGAACCACCAACGAUCGUGGACGCUCAAAACCUCAGUCCCAAGCAGAAUCUGUUGCAGGUGAAGACGCAGAACUAUCAGACGUCGAACCGUCUGAAUCGGGUAGCUUGGGAGGACGUAGUAAUGCUACUGGCAGUAGUAAGAAACGAUUGACCAUCGAAGAACGUGAAGCAGCAUAUAAUGAGGCUCGGUCACGAAUAUUUAUGGAUUUCGAGGAGAA